UGUCGAUCUGUCACUUUUUCGCAAGAAUCCUCUGCGUGUUGUGAAUUUUAUUUGCAAAAUAAUUUUUAAUGUUUUGAAUAGUCCGGUAAAUAAAAUAAUUGUGAUAUCUAUUUUUUUGGGUAUUUUGUACUUAGUGCUUAGUGAUUCAAUGGAUGAGACAAUGCAUGAGCGUUUGUUAUGUUAAUUUGUGUGUACAUCAACCUACUUUGUUCCUGUUGACCUGCCUUGACUGUGAUUUUUAAAAGUUCGACUUUUCGCCACGCCGGUUUUACCACUGCCAACUAUUCCGCCCUUCAACGUGCUUAAUGUCGCAAUGCUAGACAACUAUUUUGAUAAGAAAAACGCUCAAGCCUAUAGAAAAUUAGAGAGGUGUUGGCGCACGUGACGUCACCGCCGAAAGGAGGGCGACAUGAGCCAGUCGCAGGAUGAGGCCCGGGCGGCCCGGAUACAGAAGUAUAAAGAAGAAAGAAGAAAACAGUUAACAGCUAGGACAGCAACGCUGUUUUCUUCGAACGUCACUGAAAGACGUCCGAAGAAAGCCGCCGGCCGGUCGCAAUCCGAUGACGCUGCGGAACACCUCAAGUCUUCUUCGGAGCUGAACCUCAACACAGCUUCCACUUCAGUACCCAUCAGAACCACCCGCACUUCACGCCUGAGAGCUGCCGCCGCCACCCACUCCGAUUCCUCGCCGUCUCCUAGAAAAUCCAACAGAAGCUCUUCAGUCCAAUCCCUGUUAGAAGACGCCAAGAAAACACCCAAGAGUUCCAAAGUCAUAGACAGAGACAAACAAAGACAAGCCACCAACAGAAGGCAAAGCAACGAAAAGGAAAACGUGAAAAGCCCGCCUGCGGCUCAUUCUGAUAAAGAUAUUGGUGCUAUUAAAACGAAAUCGAAACAUUCCAGUCGUAAAAAUAUUUUAGAAAAAGACAAAAGUAACUUUUUAUUGAAUAGUCCUAAAGAAAAUGUUGACGAUAAAUACGGUACGAAGUUAGAUGAGAAACGAAAGAGGAAUUCCGUGACGGAUAAUAAGUUAGAUAGUCAGAAGAUUGAGGAUAAAAUCGAGAAGUCAGUUUAUGUUAAAGAUGAAGAGAUUUUUAAUGAUAUCUUAGGAGAUAAGGUGUUGUCUGACAGCCUGGAUAAACAGAACAUCGAGGAUCUGUUCAAUGACCUUGUGGUUAGUAACACAGUCGUCCACAAUGACAUCGAAGUUGAUUUGAGCGAUGCGGAUGAAACUACGAGGCUGACAGAUGGUCACAAAGCUAACAUUCCUGCGGAAGAAGCGAAAGGAGCCAGCAAAGUUGUUAAUGUAGUGAAAUUAGAAGAUAGUGGUGUGCCAAAAGUUGUAAAGGAAGAUGUGGGAGGAUUGUUAGGGGCCGUGUGUGUUCGUAAAGUAGAAAGAUUUAGUGAAUUGCUCAGUAAUUUAUGUUCGCCGUGUGAGGCCGAUAUCUUAUUCGAGGACAUUUUGGUUGAGAAUGGGAUCGAUGGAGAUGGCAACUUGCGCACAGCUCCAGAAUGCACGCCGCCGUGCCGACGCGCGCAGCCGUCGCCGCGCACGACCAGCACGCCGAAUCAUGCGCAGCCUGUCGUCGCCAACGUCUCCACUGGAACAGUCGCGAAAACAAGAAGUCGCCGACCCCUCGAAACGCCACAACCCAAGACUGAAAAUUCACUGCCGUCUUCCAGAGUAUCUCCUAAGAGUGCUUUUAAUUUAUCCUUCGGCAUUAAGUCGUCUCUUCUCAAAUCUCCUAACGCUCCCUCCACUAACAAACCCACGGAGAGUCGUCGCAGUUCAGAUACUGGCACCAAACCUAGUUGUAUACCAUUGAAAAAGUCUGCCGAGAAACAUUCUCGCACCUCUACGUCACCCCUAAAGCAAGAUUUAUCGAAACCAGAUUCAAAAACCAAGUUGGAGUCGCCGAGAAGAAAUACAACACGCAGAAGCCCCGAUAAGGCAAAAAGUGACACAGAAAACAACCGAAUCGACAGAAGACAUCGAGUUCAGAAAGAUACUGAAAGUGUUAGCGAAAAAUAUCAUAAUUCAAAGAAAAGACUGACUAGUUUAGAAAAUAAUUCUCCAAGAGAUACGAACGACGCUAGCCACGUUUCGUCUAAAAAUGUAUUGAAGAAUAAUACCGGAUCGAAUAAAUCUGAUGCUAUCGUUGGUGGCUUGGUAGAGGAAAAUAAAGACGCAAAAAUGUUGUCUACGUUACAUGAAACUGUUAGACCACAUGCGAGUAAUUCCAGACUUUCGCAAGAGAUGGACAGCUUGGCUGCGUUGACCAAACAGACAUUAGAUAGGGUUAACAAAUUGUCGAAUAACUUAACUAGUAAUAAGUUAACUGUAGACACACCUGAACAACGUUUUGACUCUUUAUUCGGAUCUAAUAAUGAACAAAGAUUAAAUAAUCAUAACUAUAAUUACGGUCUUACCAAUGAGAGACCAGCUCAAUCCAGAGGAGUCACUGAAAGGCUGAAGGAUAUAGACACAGCAGCUCAGAGACUUAUCGACUUUGAAAAGCAAAGUGCAAUGUUUUCUGAUCUCAAUAACGAUACGUCUAGUCAAAACCGUCGUCUUGAUACUUCGUCGACGUCCUGUAGUCAUACGCCCGUGUCUAUUUUAAAACGCAAAUCUAUUCAUGAAGAUAGCGUAUUAUCGAAUGCUUCAAACCAUGCUAUAGCUUCUCCCCCUGUUACAUUUUCCCCGAGCGUGGUAGAACCACGGAGCUGCCGUUUAGAUAAUAGGCAGCGUCAAGGAAUACUGAAAAAACGCCGUAGUUUGGAUGAGUCUCAAGUUGCUAGGAGGAGGUCGUGUAGUCCAGAAGUUUCAUUUGCCGAAGAUGGCUCUAUCGACACAAACAAACCAAUUUUGAAAAAUAGAAGAUCAUCAUUAGAAGAUGUUGUUAGAAACAGAUCACCAGAUGGCCAAAUUCAAGGCAUAUUAAAACGAAAGAUGAGUAGAGAAGAAGAGCUUACUAAUGAAGACAUAUCACACGGCUCCCCGGAGCCUCAUGGUAUUUUAAAGCGCAAAUCUAAUUCCAGCUCCAGUAGCAGCACUACUUCUUCUCACGUUUCUAUUGCUCAAGCUGUUCUUUUAGCAGCCGCAGGCGGCGCUGAAUUAGUUGAAGACGAUAAGGAAAUCGUCAGACCAAUUUUAAAGAAAAAGAGCUUUUCUGAAGAACGACCUUGUCUUGAAGUUUUACCACCUGAUACACCUAAGCCAAUUCUAAAGAAAAAAUCUACUGAACAUGAUGAUCACGAUUUUGAUCUUCCUAAAAAACCAAUACUUAAAUCUUCGAAAAAACUAUCUGGCGAUGAAGGACACGCUUCUAGUUUCGAUAUGAGCGAAGACGACAGAAGCUCGCGAAGACCUUCACUCCUCAGAUCACGGACAUCUGACCAUUCCGGCUCGGAGUGCGAAGCGACGGUUAAGCCUAUUUUAAAGCAGAGAGGGUCAAGUCUCACCAGGGAACGUAGCCAAUCCCCGCGCCCACGGCUCUCAUUUUGCGCAGACAGCGAUGCGAACAUUAGUGUGACGAAUAUCAGUUGCGACGCGAGCGACUUACCCGCGGCUGGACCGCGCCGUACGUUGAAUCUCGCGGCUGACACGGAAGACAAUUAUCCGUGCGCUGUACUGCGCCGAAGAAAUCUGCGCCCGAAAUCGAAUCCACGAUCGAAAAGCUUAGUUUGUGAUGUGAACGACGAAUUGCUCUCAAUACUUAAUAAUAGGAGGAUAAAAGUGGAAGAAAAUUGUGAAAACGGACACUGUGCGCCGUGGGAGCUCGGCAACCGGGACGAAAGUAACGGUGAUGACAAACCGAAGACGUUUCCAUCGAUUGCGGCGCGAAUAAAAAGUAUGGAGCAAGCUCUCACUAAGGAUGUCCUGGCGAAGGAGCAACCGUCGACAUCAAGGUCCAAGCCUCGUGAUAAAGAGCGUUUCAAAACGCAGCCAAUCACUGUGGACGAAAUGCGCUCUGUUGCUUCCAGUUUGGAUCCGGGCCAAGCGAGUUUCCAACCGUUCGCCACAGCGGACUGUAGUUUUACGAAACGCCCCGUCGAGUCCGGUGCUGCUGCACCCAGGAGCCUCGGAGCGACGGAACCCGAGCGGGACCCGUUUGUUGACUUCGCGCAGAACUUGGAUUCGCCACCUUUUGGCACCAGCUCCUUUAGUGUCAAAUCUCCCGCCACCAACGGAGAACUACCGGCCGUCAAGGACGAAAGCUACGGCGAGGCCACCUUUCUAGAUUUCGAAAACAUCGUCGCGAACGCCGAAAGAAAACAGUCGACGUUGGACGAGAUCGAACAAGAGGUGAACAAGGUCCGAGUGGCUUUGGAUGAGGACUGCCGAGCCUUGGAGGAGGACGAGAGGCAACAGGCCGAAGCCGACAACUGGAGUCUAAAUGUGUCUUGUGAUAGCGGAGUGUACAACCGCGCUUCGUCCAGGGAUUCCGGUCCGCAUUCUGGUGAAGAACUAGGAUUGAUCGAAAGCCAGGAGAUCAGGGAGAAUCACGCUACCAACAGCAGUGGGAACGACUGGUCUCCUUCGUCGAUCGAGCGCGGGUUCCGAGUGAUGGAGCGUGAUAGGAAGUCUACUGAGAACGAAUGCGUGCGAAGCCCUCAAGACCCGGGCAGCGAUGAUGAGGCCCCGGAUAACAGCGUGGGGUUUGCUCUGGGGCUGGUCAAAAGCAACAGCGUGGUUGCCAGAGCCAGCAUGUGGCAGCAGUUGCAGCAGCAGGCCAAAGGAACGCCAAAGCCACUGAUUCGUCACAGUCGCUCAAAGAAUAAGGAGGGGCCAUCCGUGACGGAUCGCUUCAAAACACAACCGAUCUCUUUCUCGUCACCCCCAGAGACCGCACCGGAAAGUCCCAAGGAAGAUUUCUCUCUCGCUCAGUCCAAGAGCUCAGCUAAUAUGCUAGACAGGGACGAAGAUGCUAAGUUAGACGAAGACGAUCCAGCUAAGAUGUCGCUGAGUGAGAAGAUGAAGAUGUUCAACCAGAAGUUGACUCACAAACCUCCUGUGGCUGGUCUUCCUCGAGCUAAAGAAGAGAGGACCAGGACUUCCCGGUUGCGGACAAUGCCAGUGCUCGCCAGCCACGUUCAAGAGGCAAUGGAACAAAACGAGAGGUUGACCAAAUCCCUGACUCAUGAGGAAGUGCCACGUAAUCCCGACUUCCAACUCAAAAUGGAACUGUUCCGAUCGGCCAGCGCUAAAAACACGUCGCUAGAGUAUAUGAUGCGGCAGAACGCAAAGUUUAGAAGCUUAGACCUCGACGACGACUCGCCGGCCGAGAGAGUGCAGCGCAUGAUCACGCCCGAGGUGCGAGGCAUCCUCAAGUCGGGCAGCACUGUGGUGCCGACCAAACCCAAGACGCUGGCCAAGGGAGAGAGUUCCGAGGGUCUCAAAGAUGAAGGCAUCGACAGCUCCUCGGAUGACGAAUCCGCUUCCGCGUCGAGCGUCUCUUCCUCAGAGAAGAGCUGUUCCUCAUCAGACAGCUCGGACGAGAUGCCCGGCCCAAAACCAAGGAGAUUCCAGCGCAAAAACAACAAACUGAAAUCUUCCAGAACCGACUCAGACCUCACCAGACUUCAAGACCAAUACCCUCGUAAGAUUCAGCUACCAGGAGCGAAUGAACUCAAAGAGCGCUUAACGCAAGCCAAAAACCCCGAAGUGAAGCCGCUUCUCGCUAAACUCGUGAGAAAACCAUCAGAGGAAGCGAAGAAAGAAGAGGAUAACACUAGGUAUCGCAGGUUCGUCAAGAAACUAGACGAACCGAUCCAGUUGGGGAAGCUACGUAGGCCUCCAGAAAAGAUAGCCGUGCCAAGCCAACCGGUCAUGAUGACCCAGGAGAAACCACCAACAGUACUAAAGAUAUCCGCGUUGAACCAAGAAGCGAAGAACAAGUUCUUUGGAUUGGAUGUGCCUAAGAAGGAGAAGACCAUCGAUGAACUGGCAGCCGCAGUGAGAAAAUACAUUCCACCAGUGAGCAAGUCGAUGUCGAUCCACACGAUGGAAGUACCUGGCUCCGGCAGCGAUGGCGAAAGCAGCGGAGGCCGCGAGGUUCGCCACAUCAACACCAGAGUGCGCUACAGGGCGGGCGGCGGAGUGCAGCGCAGCGCGACGCAUGCCGAGAUGCCGCACCGAGGGGGCACCAUUGCCGAAAGGCUGGCGGCGCUCCAGGCAGCCGGCGCGAACGACUGGCGAGCGAGACUCUGCCGCCUCAGCCCCGACCGCGAAGACUCCAAGGCCAUCGAGAGGGCAAAGAACAGGAUCAACCUCAUCAACUGCAUAGUGCAGGUUGAAGACCAAGUGCUAAGCUAA